AUGGUGGGUCAUGGAAGGGAUAUACAGUUCUGGACAGCAUGUUGGUUUGGGGAAGAGCCAUUGGCAAACAGGUUUCCUAAUCUGUUCUGCUUGGAAAGUUGCAAACACGUAGCGGUGGCAGAUCGUUUGGUGGAAGAGAAUGGGGUCUUCAGAUUUAGAGCCCGAUGGAAAAGGCGGCCAAAUUCAACAUGUGAGGUCAGAGAGUUACAAGAAAUUGCAGGGGCUCUUUCGGAUGUGAGUUUUGGAACAGGUCAAGACUACUGGGUUUGGAAGUUAAACGCCUCCGGAAGCUUUACGGUCAAUAGUAUGAGGCGGCUAGUGCAAAAAGUAAGGUCUUCGGAUCUGGGUACAGGAUUUCAGUGGAAUUCAUGGGCCCCAAUAAAAGUGAAUUUCUUGGCUUGGCGCUUAUCCUUGGAUCGUAUUCCGACAUUGAUGGCACUAGCUAGGAGACAGGUGAACUUAGAGUCGACUAUAUGUAGAUUUUGUGGCGAAAUGGAUGAAUCUGCAGACCAUUUAUUCGUGGGAUGCGGUUUCACUCAAGUGGUCUGGGAUUUUGUGGCUAGGUGGUGUAACAUAAGACCCUUCUACGCGCUAGAUGUCAAAGACCUCGUAAAUAUGCAUAUGCAUGUUAACGGCCCCCGAAAGUGGCAGAAGGCGUAUUAUACGGUGAUACUGACGACAAUAUGGAGCAUCUGGAAAUGCAGGAACGAAGUUAUUUUCAACCAGAAAGAACUAAAAACGGAAAGGUUAAUCGAGGAAAUAAGGACGUUGAGUUAUCUGUGGGUCCGUAACCGGUCUAAAUCGUUGGGUCUAACAUGGGGAAACUGGAGUGUUUUUGAUCUUUCCUGUAUGGUUUCUUAA